AUUAUAUAUUAUGGAAGAUAUCAAUCCGCUUAAAGCUCGUAAGCAAGCAAGGACUAUCAGACUCAAAGCUGUAAAGAAGAUUAUCAAGAUGGAUGAAGUACCUGAGCAAACAGCAAAAGUGAUGAACUUGUUCUACUUCUUCCAAGGAUACAUAAAGGAGCAUGAGGUUUUGAAUUACCAGCAGAUGAUUCAGUCAGGAAUGAUCCAGAUUCCAUACACAUUGGUCCACUUCAGACUUGACAAGCUCACUGAUGAAAGAGUCAGCAAAGUUGAAGAAUCACUUGCGGGUGUCGAUGUGGAAUCUUUAAAAUCCGAAAACGAUACAGCUCACAAUAUCUUCUUAUGGAUGAAAGCAACAAUUAAAGCGUUCCAUGAAGGAGGGGAAUCUGAGUCAGAUAGCGAUAAGGAAGAAGCUAAGAUGAUGGUGAAAGCAAAAAGCCAUGUCCCUCAUCCUUUGUUGAAGCUUACCAAAGCUAGGCGUACUCCAGUAGCCCCCUUGUGUAAAAUUAAGAGUACAGUUGUUAAAGAGGAGGGUAAAGAUAUUGGAGACCAGAUUGAUACCACAAAGAGCCACUAAGGAAGAUUGGAGGUUUCAGAAUCCUAUCUCUUAGUAGAAAAGCAAAGCAAGC